AUGUUUAAAAAAGGAUAUUUCCGUAAAUUAUCGGAUGAAGAAAAAUCUAUAAUGCGCGAACGGGCUUUACACGUAAGGAAGUGUGUGUACCAAAAUGAUGUUUUGAAGGAGUUGAGCGAUAUGAUGCGUGGUUAUUUUGAUGUGGAAACCCUUGGAACCAAAAUACCCGUGAAACCUAUAAAAUCCAAAGAAGAUGAGAGAGCAAUGGGCAUAUUGGAAACAAACACAAAGCAAGUAAAUGACCGAUAUGAAUGUUCGUUGUUGUGGAGAGAAGAUGUGAGACCGAUCCCUGACUCAUACAACAUGGCUUUGAAUCGUUUGUACUCUGUGGAACGUAAGAUGGCAAAAGACAAGAAUCCCCCAUUGCUGUAUGUGGUGACAUACAAGAGAUGUUUUACCAGAUCGCCAUUGCCAGGAAAGACCAAGAUAGCCAAAGAUUUCUGUGGAGAGAUGGCAAUCCUGAUCAGCCUGUGGACACUUAUGUUAUGGAAAGGCUUAUUUUUGGAGCCACCUGUUCACCAACCAUUGCCCAAUAUGUCAAGAAUAAAAAUGCGACAAAAUACAUCGAAAAGUCACCAAGAGCCGUCCAUGGUAUCAUCGAACGUCAUUAUGUGGAUGAUUAUGUCGAUUGUUUCGAAAUUGAAGAUGAAGCCCUUAAUGUUGUUCGCGAAGUGGUAAGGAUCCAUAAAUCCGGUGGUUUCCAUCUUCGCAACAUAAUAUCCAACAGUGAACGAGUGGCAAUACUAUGUGGUAAUAAUCCUGGCAAUGGCGAGAACAGUGGCAACUUUUUUUUUUGGUGACAGCAUAGAACGGGUACUCGGUAUUCAUUGGGCACCAAAGACAGAUGAUUUUUGUUUUCAUUUGCGUUUGGCCAAAGUGGACAAAAAUAUAUUAAAUUUUAUAAAGGUGCCAACAAAAAGGGAGAUGCUCGGCCUAAAUAUGUCCGUAUACGACUCAUACGGAUUCCUGUGCGACUUUAUGGUGACGUCAAAGGUGCUAAUGCAAAAGGUCUGGAAAUGUGGGGUAAGUUGGGACGAGCAAUUGCCGUCAGAAAUUUAUAGCCAGUGGAAGUACUGGUUGGAGCAGUUAUCGAGAUUGGUGGAAUUUAAGAUUCCAAGAUGUUACGCCGGUGGUUUUAGCAGCAGCAAUGUUGAUCUACAUGUCUUUGUGGAUGCAAGCGAAGAGGCUAUGGCAGUUGUGGCAUAUUGGAGAGUGGUAAGUGUCAGUGGUGUUAAAGUGAUGUUUGUAAUGGGCAAAACAAGCUGUGCCCCGACACGGUAUCACACAAUACCAAAACUGGAAUUGCAAGCUGCUGUAAUGGGCGUUCGAAUGAAAGAGGCCAUAUUAAAAAACCAUUUGUGCUGUGUUAAUAAUGUUUUCUUUUGGUCAGAUUCUUUUACGGUGAUACAGUGGAUUCGGUCAGAUCACCAAAAAUACAAGCAAUAUGUGGCAAAUCGUGUGGCUGAGAUAUUGGACUGCAGCAGCAUUGAACAAUGGAGGUGGUGCCCUGGUAACGAGAACACUGCAGACGAAGGAACUCGCUCAAAACUGUUCAAGCCAUAUGAACCCGAAGGACGUUGGAAAAAUGGACCAACGUUUUUGCUGAAGGCGGAAUCGUAUUGGCCGAGUGAGGUGCACAAUCAAACGAAAAAGGAUGAAAGUGGCUCAGAACUGCGAUCCAAGCACAGAGUUCUGGUGGCUCAGAAGGUAUGUUGGUGCAUUCCCCUCCUUGGGGAACUCCCUGUUUCACUCUGCGGUGUUUCGAUUUCUUACAUUCCACAAACGACUAGCGAGCACUGAAGGCCUCGUCCCUCAGGCGUCUUUGCUACUGGUGAGAGAAUGGUGUACGAAGGCUGAAACGGGCUAUGGCAUGGGUGUUCCGGUAUGUGCAAAACAUGAGGCGUAAAAUCAAAGGUGAGGCGUUGUUCUUGUGUGAUCUGUCCCUGGAAGAAGAAGAGAAUGCCGUGUCUUAUCUGUGCCGUCAUGUGCAACGUCAACAAUACGAAGACGAACUUGAGGACCUGAAAAAACAACACUCAGUGAGCCAAAGCAGCCAAUUAUUGUCGCUGAAUCCCUUUGUUGGCCAAGAUGGCUUAAUUCGUGCGUUUGGGAGAAUCCAAAAUGGUGCCUUUUUGAAUCUGGAAGCCAGGCAGCCCAUAAUUUUGCCGAAAAAUCAUCGGUUCACCAGGUUAUUGGUGGAAUUCUACCACAGAAAGUUCCUGCACAUCAACACUGCCACUGCUAUGAGCGAAAUACGUCAAAAGUACUGGGUGCCAUCACUGCGUCAACUAUUAAACAGCAUCCAGAGCCACUGUUCCGCCUGCAAACUUCGUCGAGCCAGGCCACUUCAACCCCAGAUGUCUGCCUUACCGAUGGAGAGGGUGACCUCAUACGAUCGAGCCUUCACAUACACAGGACUUGAUUAUUUUGGCCCAGUAAGUGUUGGAAUCCGCCGUCAACGUGAGAAAAGGUGGGUUGCUCUUUUUACCUGCUUUACAACCCGUGCCAUCCACCUGGAGAUUGCCACAGACCUAUCCAGCGAUGCUUGCCUGAUGUGUAUCCGCAACUUCAUUAAUAGAAGAGGUGUCCCUGUAUCCAUAAGAAGCGACAACGGGACCAAUUUUGUUGGCAUAGCAAAGGAAUUACAAGGUAUUGAUAUGUUUUUGGAUACUAAUAGUCUCUCUUCAGGUUUGACGGCACUGGGCAUCAAAUGGAUAUUCAACACUCCGUUGAAUCCAAGUGAAGGCGGCGUAUGGGAACGGCUUGUGCAGUCCGUGAAGAAGGCAUUGUACAUCAUGUUGAAGGAGCAGGCUCCAAAGCUCGAAACGCUCCAAUCGUUUCUAAUCGAAGCAGAGAACAUCAUCAAUUCGAGACCCUUGACUCAUCUACCUGUGACUCCCGAAGACCCGGAACCAUUGACCCCGAAUCAUUUUCUGCUUGGGUGCACUAAUUCAACCCAAACUCCGGCACCAUAUGAGCCCAGAUUGAUGUGUCUUCGAAAGCAGUGGCGUGUGGUGCAGAACUUAAAGAACGGCAUGUGGCAUCAAUGGCUGCAUGAAUAUCUUCCUGAGCUGACGAGAAGGACGAAAUGGUGUUUGCCAUCACAACCGUUGGACGUGGGCUGCGUUGUUUUUAUUUGUGACCUAGAUCUUCCAAGAAGCCAAUGGAAAAGAGGGCGUGUCAUCGAGCUCCAUCGCGGCAAAGAUGGUGUAGCACGUUCAGCCGAAGUGCGCACAGAUGUGGGUGUCUACCGCCGUCCUGUUUCCAAGUUGGCCAUACUAGACGUUGAAGACUCUGCUGGUGAAGGUGAAGCCUCCCCCUCUGGGUCAGUUCACGGGGGUGGGGAUGUCGUUUGAGGGGGAUGUCGUUUGUCGAGCAACCCUGCUCGACGGUAACCCUGUUGUUGCAAAAUGCUGGUGCAACUGUCAGCAAUGAAGUACAAUGGCUGAAAUAUCCCAAGCCAAUUUGCAACAUAUCUUCAUUUUGUUUAUUGUUUUUGUUUAUUUUUAAGCCAAUUUUUUUGUAUAAAUAGGCCCUUCUGGCAAAUACUUGUUUUUUUCUAUUCGUGAUACCAAAAAAACAUUGAAUAAACAACACAUUAACGUAAUCUCACACCUUAAACACACACACACACAUCAAAUGUACAACCCUUAUAUUUAAAAUACAAAACACAUAUCAAGCAAAAUAAAUAUAUCCAGCAGUGUCAUCAUUUCAAACAUAAA